AUGGUUGCUAUGAGGAAGCAGAAUGACGGAAAGUUCUUCCAGACGACCAAACGUGGCGAGAUUCAGGAGUUGAAGGAGGAGCUUCACGCAACCGACAAGGGAAAGCAGAAGGACGCAGUGAAGAAGGUCAUUGCCAACAUGACGGUUGGGAAGGACGUGUCUGCCCUCUUCGCGGACGUGGUGAACUGCAUCCAGACGGAUAACAUAGAGCUCAAGAAGCUCGUGUACUUGUAUGUCAUGAACUACGCAAAGGCGCAGCCCGAGCUGGCGAUCCUGGCCAUCAACACGUUCCGCAAG